AUGCAUCUUACCGGUAUUUUUCUUCUACUAGUAUUAUGUGCUUCGAUUGGUACAGUUUCAUCUUUGUCAUGGAACGGACUGGUAUCAACAGUACUGGGAUGGCUAGGUUUGAGUGAUCCGAUAAAUAAAAUCAAAACUGAAACAUGUUCAUAUUUUGCUAACCAUCCCGAUCGUGCUAAUGAAACAUUUAUCAAGAUCAAUCAAGCAUUACAAAGCAAAAAUACGACACAACAAAUGUUUGCUACUACUCUGGCUUAUAUUAAUGAUCCUGUGAAUCAACUGAAACUAGUUAGUAAUACAACCGCCUGUCCAAUGUUUAUUGAUGAAUUUAUAAAUGCACUUGUGACUGAUUAUCAAAACGCACGAGCCAAUACACAAACUGCUCGACAAAAUGCAGUAAACAAACUAAAAGAACUUUAUACUACGUAUAAACUUUGGUGA